AUGCAUUUCCCCGUCCUCACCCACGCCCUCUCUCUCCUCGCCCUAACCCACGCCCACGCCCACCCCACCGGCACCCUCACCCCCCGCGCUGCUAACACCUACACCUGCACCACCCACACCUCCUCCCCCCCCACCUCCCAGCUCCCCGCCCUCAGCGCCCUCAAGACCUUCCCCGACACCACCACACCGGAACACUGCCUCACCGCCGCCCGCCUCUGCCGCGGCCAGUCCAGUGCCUGGUGCGACCAGAAAAGAGGCACCGUCGCAAGCGUGCAGCUGGCCCGCAGCGGCGCCAUGCUCGUGCAGGCCCUGGGCCAUCUGGAAAACAUGCAGAUCCGGUGCGACGACCUGCGCAGCGGGAUCGAGGAGCUGGUGGGUAGAUGUAGCAGGGACGGGAAGGUGGCGGGGAAGGUGGUGUUUGGCGGGAAUGAGGGGCAGGGGGAUGUCGCGGUUGAGAUCACUGGGUGGUAG